AUGCCGGAUGGAUAUGUUCCAAGGCUCUAUCAAAUACCUUCUAUCUCGCAAGAAAAUCUAAACAGUUACUCCGACAUUGAAGAUCCUAGCCGGACGUCUAUCUCGCAACAAGGAGGAUCGCGUGGAGGAAAAAGGCGAUCUGUUACAGGCGCGGAUCAUGUCAAACACCGCAGAACACGAAGCGGCUGUUUUACUUGCAGGCAGCGUAGAGUCAAGUGCGAUGAAGCUCACCCUAUCUGCGAAAGAUGUCGCAAAGGCAAGCGUGACUGCCAUUAUCCCGAACCCACUACAGGGUCAUCAACAAAGCUCUCGAAGGGUAACAGGAACAAAGGCUCCGCUGGCGAAGCCUCUAACUCAUCUGGCGAAGAGUAUGACAUCCACGAAGCUGAUAGACUCCCUUCCAUUCCGGACGACGAGGAGAUUGAAGAGGGUGCGUCAAGCUUGUGUUCUAAGGAGGAUCGCAAACUGUCUGAUGCGUCUUCCAACUCGAGAGACCAAAGUCCUCUAAUCAAGAGCCCUGCAACGACAGACAGCUCCGUAGCAUCAAGCCGUCCCGCUACACGCCCACAAAUACCCCGCCAAAGCUCGAGGAAGUCACUGAAGUCCAAGCAACCACCAAACAGCAAGUGGGCACAUUUACCAAAGGACGUCAAGUUCUACAUGGCUUACCACCGGGAAAAAUUGACGCACCAACACUAUGCCAUGAAAUAUGACUGCGGAGACUUUCUGAAGACAACGUUCUUGGAAAUUGCACUAGGAUAUGAGCCGCUUCUCUAUGCGAUUACUGCGUUCUCUGCCUAUCAUCAUACCUUGAGGAAACCAGAUGGCAAGCUCUCGAAUUUCCUCGGUUACUACAACAAAUCAGUCUCUCUGCUACGUCACUCUCUGGAGAGAAGUCCACGGCACACUGUGGCCACCCUACUUACCAUCCUGCAGCUGGCCACAUUUGAAGAGUUCCUGGGAGACUGGGUCAAUCUCAUGGGUCACCAAAGGGCUGCCUACGAGAUUCUCACCGAGCUGUUUACACCACAAACCAUCAUGCAGAGCGAAACACACCGCAAGAUCAUCUCGUGGUACAUCCGUUUCGACCUCUUUGCCGGGUUCAUGCAUGGAUACGGGAUGGUUCUGUCUCGUGAUUGGCAUGUGGCGUGCAGUGAGUUUUAUGUUCGACAAGCUAGGGACAAGCCUCGUGACCUGGGUUCGCUGUUCGAGGAGAAGUUUGCACGAUCGAGACUGCUGGCGACUGACAUAUCGCUACUAUUCGCCAGAGGCAAAACGGAAGGUCCCAGUCAAGAGCUCAUCAUGGACAUGGGCAAAUUGACUGCUCAACUGGAGGAUUAUGCUCACGAGCUGGAGGACGCCUUCAAGGAUACCCGAACGUAUGUCAAGGAGUUCCCGAAUGCACCGAAAGGAGAAUGGGAUGAUGUGGUCGGCUCGACAGACCCCGAAUUCUUGUGGGCAGGAGAACUCUUUACCUGGAACUUCAUUCUCAUUGACUUUUGGGCCAUCCAUCUGCUGUUCAAGUCGCAGAUCGCUCAAUUCGACCCUACGGUGGGUGGAGAAGAGGUUGUGGCGACGGCGACCAAGGUGUGCAAGAUGUUCGAGGCGCUGCAGUACUGUGGAGAGGAUUCGACAGCCAUGAUUCUGGGCGCGCAGGCAAGUCUGGGUAUGGCUGCAGCAUGCAUGCCAAAGGAUCAACGACACACCAUGUGGUGCCGCAACAAGUACGCUCUGAUUGAGCAAUGCGGUUACAUCUACCCUGCUGCACUGCGACAACGUAUGACUGGCGUCUGGGGCGCCGAUGUGAUGCGUUGGUGGCUUCCCAACGACGAGGGCUACUACCCCAUCCUCCAAGCCGUCCGCGAGUUCAUCGACUACCGCGCGCGGGUGCCGCAGGACAAUGUGCAGUCUGACCUGCGCGACAUGAAGGGUCUGUUCAAAGCAUUGCAGUUGGACGAUACCGACUCCAAGAAAAGUGCGGGCAGUGCAGGAGGCACAGACUCUUCGAGUCCAUUCGACUUUGAACCUGCUGGGCCCAUGCCGUGGGAGAGCAGUCCGGAGAUGAGUUGGCCCUGA